AGCGAGCCGCUGCUGUCAGAUGCCAGAGGCUGCGCGCGUGCAUGCGGGUCCGCGCGGCGACACACGGAUGAGAGGGAGAGCCGCGAGCCGCCGCGGGGAGAGCGAGACGGCUGCCGUAUCCCUGAGCACGAGGAUGGGCUGCAAUCUGUGUAGUUUACAGAAGAGAGAGGAGCACUACAAACUACUGUACGAGAUCUCACAGGUGAACGGGAGGGAUCUGUCGAGAGCGAGCCAUGAGGAGGCGGUUGAAGCUUUCCGUAGCGCCAAAGAUCCCAUCGUGGUGCAGGUGCUCCGGCGGACACCUUUACCCCGGGGUCAGGGGUCAUGCCAGGAUGUCCAGGUGGUGGACGUGUGCACGCAGACGGAAAUCACCUUCGAGCACAUCAUGGCUUUGGCCAAACUCCGUCCUGCCACACCACCCGUGCCGGACAUCUGCCCGUUCCUCCUGUCGGACAGCUGUCACUCUCUGCACACGAUGGAUCAGGAAUACUUCGAGGGCAGCGAGUAUCUCUCCAACAUGGCGGCAGACGCCGAGAGGACCGAUGACUUUGAGUACGAGGAGGUUGAACUGUGUCGGAUGAGCAGUCAGGAGAAGCUCGGCCUCACGCUGUGUUACAGGACGGAUGAUGAGGACGACAUCGCCAUCUACGUCAGCGAGAUCGAGCCGAACAGCAUCGCCGCCCGAGACGGUCGAAUCCGAGAAGGAGACCGUAUUUUACAGAUCAAUGGGCAGGACGUUCAGGACAGACAGGAAGCUGUGGCCGUUCUAACUAAUGAAGAAAGCAGGAAUAUUGUUCUGCUGGUCGCCAGGCCGGAAAUGCAGGAGGAGCCGUGGCUGGAUGAUGAACACAGCGAAUUCUUGGAGGAGCUGAAGAUGGAGAUGCUGGAGGAGCAGAGGAGAGAAGAGGAGGAGGAGAUGAACAGAGCGGCCAGAGAGGAGGAAGAGAAGGCCAAAGGAGCUCCAGAAGAAAACAUCACGGCGUCCUGCUCCUACAAUCCCCAGAAGAUCAGUCCACCGGACGGAUCAGAGAAGAACGUCCUCGCUCAGAUCCAGAAGAAACUGUCGAGGUGUCUGCGUCAGCGGCGAGAGGCCGCCGGUCAGAGCCACGACGGCUCGCCGUCCGAACGCGGUCUGGAGAAGGACGCUCCCGAAGGAGACCGAUAUCAGCAGCUGCUGGAGCUCAAGUGUCAGAUCCGCAACAGCGGCGAGUACGACCUCUUCUACACGCGCAGCAGCACCAUCGAGUGCAGCGGCGUCGAACACGAGCUCCGGCUGCUCAACGAGGAGCUGCGCAGCAUCGAGCUGGAGUGCCAGAACAUCAUGCGGGCGCAUCAGCGGCAUCCGAAGAAGCUGGCGGACAUCAGCGAGCAUCCGGAGAAGUCGGACAAGGACAGUUCGAGCGCGUACAACACGGCCGAGAGCUCGCGCAGCACGCCGCUCGCGAUGGACCGUUCGCCGGAGCACAGGAUGAUCAGCCUCACCAACCAGAAGAACCUUCGCGGCUCGUCCGUCAGGAGCGGCAGUCCCGACCACAGCAACCCUUCGGAGUCUCCCGCGGAGGACGAGGGAUCCCUGAGGACUCGGAUCGCCGCCUUAUCGAAAGCGUCCGACGUCCACACGCGACAGUACCAGAGCUACGUGCACCUGGUCCAGCAGCAGUCAGCUGUGGAGUUUGCCCAUGGCCUGCUGGGAAUGAGUCCGCAGGUCGCCCGGCCUUCCGAACCCAAGAUGGAGUGGAAGGUGAAAGUCCGGAGCGAUGGAACCAGGUACAUCACCAAGCGCCCGGUCCGAGAUCGUCUACUCCGGGAGCGAGCCCUUAAAAUCAAGGAGGAACGCAGCGGCGGUAUGACGACCGACGACGACGCCAUGAGCGAGAUGAAGAUGGGACGCUACUGGAGCAAGGAGGAGCGCAAACAGCAUCUCCUGCGGGCCAAGGAGCAGCGGCGGCGCCGGGAGUUCAUGCAGCGGAGCCGCUUGGAAAGCCUGCGGGAGAAUCCGCUCAGCAGCGGAGAGGGACGCAAGGAGGUGAGCAUCAUCGAACUCAGCCAGCGCAAGAUGAUGAAGAAGCGGAACAAGAAAAUUCUGGACAACUGGAUGACGAUUCAGGAGUUGAUGACGCACGGGGAGAAAGCGCCAGAAGGAUCCAAAGUGCACAACGCCUUCCUGUCGGUUACAACUGUAUAGAUUCACAUGCAAGCUGUCAAACUUUACCAUUUACCCAUGUGGUACGAUCUACUCUUGCCUCGUUCAAUGUGGCAAUUUUUAUGAGAAAAGACCAGAAGAAUAUUUUUCACACUUUGUUAAUGUUUUCUAAGCAAUUAAACAAGUUUCAUUGCAUUUUUUACGAUUUUUGUUACUGUAAUAUUUCAAGGAAGGUACCUAAAGGAAUAUUUUCACUCAAAAAUUGCUGUCAUAACUGACUUAUUCAACCCAAACCUGUGACUUUCUAAGCCUCUAAGUGGACAUGAUGGAAAAAAUAUGACUAUUUAGUGUUUUUUGUUAAUACAAUAGUUUCAAACGUUUUAAAAUUUUGAAUUUGCAUUCACUCGUUUGCUUACUAAAUGUUUGCUUUUGCCCAAGAACAUUUUUCAUGUUCUUGUCCAUUAAAUUGAAAAAAAAAAAAGUAACAUGUUGAAUUUGAACUUCGCAUUCGCCUGUUUGCUCACUAAAGUUUUGCUUUCGUCCAAUAAAAUGUUUCAAAUUUUUUUAAUUUGAACUUUGCAUUAGCCCGUUAACUCACUAAAGCUUUGCUUUUGUCAAUUUUUUUUUUUUUUUUAAAUUUUGAAUUAGAACUUCGGAUUCGUUUGCUCACUAAAGUUUUGCUUUCGUCCAAAACAUGUUUUAAACAUUUUGAAUCUGAACUGUGCAUUUGCCCGUCAACUCACACAAAUUUUGCUUUCGUCCAAUACAUUUUUUCAGAAUUCUGAAUUUGAACUUUGCAUUAGCCUGUGCUCACUGAAGUUUUUCACUGAAAAAAAAAAAAAAAGACUUUGCUUCACUUGUUCAGUUAUGAAGUUUUCCAUUCCCCCGAAACGCUUCGUUUGCUCGCAAAAAAUGCAAAAGUUUUGCAAGUGAACAUAAAUGCAUUGAAAUAUAUAUUUAUUUUUUCUUUUAUCUCAUUUUUUUCAUCACAUGGAAGACAAAAGGUGAAUUAUUACAGUGUAUCUCCUCUUUUCCAUAAAGAAGCAUAACAUCAGCUUUGACGUCAAUGACAUUUGACCAAUGACUGGACACCUGGUAUAUCACAUGGUCCACUUUCAGGUUUGGGAUAACAUGAGGGCGAAUAAAUGAAUUUAUUUUUAAGUGAAUUAUUCCCAUAAUGUUUCAUUUACUUAUCAUUCCUCACAGGAUCUGAAGUAUUUUUCAAAUAAUGUUUACAUUUCAGCAAAAUGUGAAUUCUUGUGCAAUCUCCUGCCUUUAAUCAAGUCUGUUUUUCAGAUGUUGUAGGAUUUUUAUUGUGUUUUUUCACCUCUCUGCACCAAACCAGCUCUGGAGGACUCCUAACCGGGCCAGCUCUACCUCUACCUCAGACAUACACACACGCUUCCCAAAGUCCAUUUAAAACCAGCCAACGUUACUGAGAAAUGAUUCAAUGCCCAAUCUUGAUUAUUUGACCAGCAACUGUCUAUUGGUAAAGUUCAGAAAGGAAAGCUGUUGGCGAUGUAGUUCUUCCUGAUGUGAAAUUAAAAGUGGGAAGUGUCAGGUUGAAUCCAUGCCUGGGAUAUUUGUUUGAGAGGUGCUGGUUAACAGAAAACCAAACAUACCAGCGUAAAUCUAAAUACACGCUUCCUCUGGUUAGAAUGCUUUCUAAACAACUGUACGGUUUUUUUAAUCAAUUAUUUAUGAUCUAGUCCUGCUCAGUGGAAAAAGCUUUUCAGAAACAUUUCACACAGGAGUUUCAGUUUCAGUUUUUCUCAGUCUGGUUUUAUUUCUGUUCAUUUGGAGUAACAGUUGUACAUUUGAAUUGUAAAUUUCUGUACUUGUUCUGACUCAGUGUUCUUAGUCUUAUUUGAAUAACCUGUAGUCGUCUCUCUUGGCCAGGUGAAUGUGUGGUCAUUGUGAUAUUUUGACACUGAAUAAAUCUUUUCUUCAAAACCUCUGUCGUUAAUGUAGCACACGCUCGCUCUUCCAGAAAGAGACAUUGACCUCGAUAGUGUUCUCAUAAAAGAUGACAAACAAAACUUUAAGCAGACAUUCAAGUUUAAGGUGUGUGUGGAAAAUGUCUUGAUUUUGAAUUGCAGUAUUGAGACUUUUUUUAGUCAUAAAAAUAAUCACAAUGUAAAAAAAAAAUCUUGUUGGUCCAAAAAUAUGAUUCAUUUGCUUUUUUUCUCAUUUGAUUUUGGGGUGAAAUAUGCUUAAACCACAAAAAGAACUACAAUAAUCUGGACUCCAAUCCAUUUGGUAGUUUUUCCUGUUCAGAAGCUCAAACACGUGAUGAAAUGAGACCGCAGAGGUUAAUGAGUUCAUCUUCAUUCAGUGACCUUGGCUUCAUUCUUCCAGCUCCAGCUCUAUUACUCCAGUCACAUCCAUCAAGCUCAUUUCUACAUCAUUCAGCUGGUGUGGACUGGUGUAAUUAAAGCGAUUCAGUGACAGCGCUGGCAUUUGUCUCCAGCAUCCACUGCAUCAGACAGCAGAAAUGUCACCCAGAUAACGCCACUCAACGCUCACCUCGUCCUCCCUUCAGUUCAUCAACGCCGCUUCAUCGAUAACCUUUAGCGGCUCUGAGCGGACAAAACUCCCUCUCAUUAUGCGCUCUGAAGAGAGACUCCAACCCCAGCGAAGGCGUCUUUAAUAGGCCGGUCAGUAUAAUGAGUCUGGCGAUGUCACUUCAUAUAUUUAUGGAGCAGAUGAUCUUUGAUAUGCUAAUCGAAGUGCGCGUUAAUGGGUCUCCGUGAUGCCGGACGCCACAUUAUCUUGGCAGAUUAUCUGAGCUGAUGUCUUCAUCAAGCCAAGCGGAGGAACAUCUAUUUUUAUUAUGUGAAGCUCUGAGCACAGAUUAAUGCACUAAUUCAGCAGCUGUUCUCAAUCAAGAGUUCACACAAAAGAGAAGAAUCCGUCAUCAUUUCCUCCUGGUGUUUUCUCUUCUGUGCAUCACAAAUGUAUGGAAGCACAAACCUGACAACAUAAGAAAAAGAAUCAUGCUUGUCGAAAUCAUGACAUUAAAAGUGGAAAUUAUUACAUAAAGUCAUAAUUAUGAGGUCAAAAUUAGGACAU